AUGUGCUCUGGAUAUGAUAAUUAUUUUGCACAUUUGUCUGGAAAAAUUCACAAACGUAAACAAGCUGUUUUAAUCGAAGCUGCUCAAAACAAGUUUACUACUAACAAUAGAAAUGCUUUUCGUUGUGUCAUUUGCAAUGUCGAUUGUUCUAGUGAAGAAAUUUAUCAAACCCACGUUAAUGGGCAAAAACACCAAAAGGUCUUUAAAAUAUUAAAUUAA